CUUCUACAAAUACCAUUAGAACCUCAACAGUUGUAUUAAACUGGUGUGUAUGAACAGUCUUCCUUGUAGCCUAAAUGAGAGUCUAGUAAGCAGGAAUAUACUUUCGAGGACGCUUGUACUUCUGAAAUCGGCUAAAGUGCUCAGCAAUUUUAUCGGUAAUUAAGUGGAUAUAAUUAAUUUAACGAAACCCAAACUAGCACGAUCAACGUAUCUUUUAAGAUAUAUCAAGAAGAUGUUCGACGACCUUGUGAGUAGAAAAAAAAACUUUGAUUUCACUUCAGCGAUAUGGAAACAAGCGCAUUUUACUUCCCUGUAUACGUACGCAAAGAAGCUUGUCAAGUUCCUAGAUGUCGUCAAGAGGAGACUGAUUAAGUACUAGACAACAUUCCCCAUUGAUGACACUUGAAAGGCAUUAGAAGCCAAAGUGAAUUAUUUUCUCUGAUAUGUAGGCAGAUAUUGGAUAAAACCUCAGCUGCUACAAACAUUUAGCAGAGAGUAUCAUUUAAAUGACUACAUGAGGAUUUUAUUGGAGAGAAAAUGAUUCAUCAGUCGUGUGGCCAGAUAAUGAAGAAAUUUGAACAAGUGUUUGAAAUAAACUUUAUCAUCGUACACGUACUAUAUAUGAAACCCGUUUGCUUUUACAUUUGAUGAAAUUCAAAAUUUACUUGGACAUCAAUUUUGACAAUGGAUAUUUUUGAAGUUUGAACAAUAACGCAUUCACAGUGGGUUUAAAUAUUGAGAAUGUUCAAUAUUUAGAUAUAUAGCUCACUGCAAUCAUCUGUUGUGCUGAGAUGGAUAUCCGAUCCUUGUUUCUGGAUGUUAUCAUCUGUAUCGACCUUUCGUUAACCGUCUGGGACGAUACAGAGCCAAAGUCCGUCGAAGGUCCAUGCUGUAAUGGGACCCUUGCCUAUGCUGCACCUCCCACAAUUCCCUGUUCUUCCUUCCGGUGUUGUGAAUCAUACGAAGACGUAGCAGUAUAUCCAGUAAAUCAUGCGUUUGGUUAUGUAUUUAGAUGUAUGCCAAAGAAUGAAAUUUCAACAAGGUGCUUUACUGAAAAACAGAAGGUCGAGCCAGGACCAGAAAAUGGAGCCAUCGAAUAUAAGCCAAAGCGAUGUUGCGAUGGACUGAAAUUUCAUUUGAAUUUUAACAAAAGUAAUACGCCUCUUCUUAUAACAUGCAUCAAACGUUAACCAUUGAUAAACCAAAGCUGAUUUUUAUAACGUUUUCGUUUUUCUUUCAUUUGUUGAGAUGUUAUUUUAGAAAAAAAACACAUGAGGUUCCCCGAUCUUAAUUUAAUCUUUUGUCACAUUUUUUUUUUUUUUUU